UACUUGAAGUUGGAUGAUGUUUUCACAGAAGAUGAGGGGUUUUUCAAAUGGAUCUCAUGUUCAUGGGAUGAUGUAUGGAUUGGCCAGAGUUUGGGGAAAUCUACGUCUUUAGAAAAAGCCGAGUUUUUUCUGGAAUCUAAUCGCCGUUGCUUUAAAAUAUUGUCUGAGGUUCUCGGCAGAAUGGUCUCCACUUUUAAAGGAAUGUGUAAUUUGAGUACUUUGGAAACAUUGUCUGACCCAGAAUCCUUUGAACCUAAAACUGAUUGUUCUGGGUUUAAUAUGGGAUAUUGCAGAUUGCAAAACAUUUAUUUUAUUCAUCAACUUAAGGAAGUAACCAUAGAGCUUUCCAUGGGAUCUAAUGGAAUUCAGUUUGCUAAAUAUGUGCUCAAGCAUGCUCAGAAUUUGAAGAAAAUGACAGUUUUUCAUUCACCUCAGCAGUCAAAAGCUGUAAGGAAGAUAACAAAAAGCAUGAUUGCUUCCAGUGCCAAACUUGUCUUUUUGGAGGAUAGAGAAAGAGGAAGAUAAUCAUAAUCUGAACAGCUCACCAGAUGAAGAUAAUCAUAAUAAAAGCUAGAGAAUUUCUAGUGCCACAGUUGUCUUUCAGGAAGAUGAUCAAAGAGGAAACAAAAAGCAAAGACUAAGAUAAUGUAGCUUUACAAGGGCAUCUCUCCUCCUGCAUUGAGUUCAACAACAGCAAUUUUUAGGCAUUUUAUGUUGCAAUGUUGAACUAUAUGUAUUUGACAUGUAAUGUAGGCACCAAACUCUGCUUUGGUCUGUUCUAGUUUAGGCCAUUUUAUCUUGAAACAUUACAAUCAGGGCCGUUCCUGAGAUUUUGAGGGCCCUGUGCGAAACUUAAAUUGGGGCCUCGCAUAAUCUAAUAUGAAAAUACUAUAAAAAUUUGCCAUAACUUAAUGUCAUAAAAAAAAUUUAUAACUAAA